ACCCCCAGAAAUACUAACAAUCACUCUGUGACCCCCAGAAAAAAACACAAUACCCACAGUCCCUCUGUGACCCCCAGAAACAACCCAGAACUGCCAACAAUCACACUGUGACCCCCAAAACUACCCACAGUAACCCCAGCUAAAUCUGUGACCCCUAUAAUCAACACAACACCCACAAUCACUCUGUGACCCCCAAAACUACUCACAGGAACCCCAGUUAAAUCUGUGACCCCUAUAAUCAACACAACACCCACAAUCACUCUGUGACCCCCAAAACUACUCACAGGAACCCCAGUUAAAUCUGUGACCCCUAUAAUCAACACAACACCCACAAUCACUCUGUGACCCCUAGAAACUACCCAGAAAUACCCCAGGUAACUGUGACCCCUAGAAACAACCCACACUCACUCUGUGACCCCCUAGAAACAACCCACACUCACUCUGUGACCCCAGAAAUACACCAGGUAACUCUGUGACCCCUAGGAACAACCCACAAUCACUCUGUGACCCCAGAAAUUCCCCAGGUAACUCUGUGAUCCCAGAAAUACUAACAAUCACUCUGUGACCCCUAGAAGGAACCCAUAAAUAACCCAGGUAACUCUGUGGCCACUACAAACAACACAACAAUACCCUAAAUUACUCUGUGACCCCACUAUUCAACACAACAAUACACAAUCACUCUGUGAACCCUGUAAACACCAAAUACCCACAAUCACUUUUUGAUUCCUAUAAACAGCUUCACAAUAUCCACAAUUACUCUGUGACCCCUACAAACACAACAUAGCCCAAAUCACACUGUGACCCCUAUAACCCAAACGUAACACCCACAAUUACUCUUUGAACUAUUGAAAUAGGCAUAUACACCCCAAUAACUUUGUGACCCCUUGAAAUACCCUAUAUAUACACCACCAAAUAAAUUUGUGACUCCUGUAGGCAAUCAAGUGAUAAUCCAAAGGUUAAUGUGACCCUAUAAGUCAACACAGAGACUCAUGGAAUACAUAUAAACAAAUUACAGAUACCUCAUAACUCCUCACCAGCAUAAACAACUGCAAAUAUAUCUGUGACUCCUAUCAACGUACCCAGAGAUCUGUGACCUCUGUAAACGUACCCAAAGAUACACUGAUUCUCCCUGUAACCCUCUCUGUAGGAGUACUGUGACACCAUAAAAGAUAAGUUAUUUGUGGCUUAAUACCUGAAUACACUGCACAGAAAGCAAAUAUUUUACUUGCACAGAGCCUCGUAUCCCAAGCAUCUCUGGAGAUACUAUUAUCACCUUAUUGCCCAGGCUUGUUAUAGAUAGAAAGUAUACAUGUUUGUGUUCUGUUACCCAGAAUCAAUCAGAAAGGCCCUUACUCUGUGACAUCCCCACUGUCAUCCUCCUGCUGCACCCCUAUAACUUUCCAUCACAUUGCUACAUAUCCCCCCUCCACCUGUAAAUGGAACAGAAAUCCAAAGGAAAGCUUCUGGUGUCCACCAGUCUUGAUGCUAAAGAUGAACUGGAAGAGAGACUUGAGAGAUGCAUGGGCUUGGUAAUGUCCAUGACAAAUGGUAUAUCGGAAAGAGAAGCAAAUGACGCACUUAACGCUUAUGUGUGCAAAGGAGCCGUUCAACAUGAAGAAGUAUGUCUUGGCCUGUUCACGUUGGUCCUUACGGAGCCUACACAGGCACAAAAGUGUUACCGGGACUUGGCCCUGGUGACCCGGGAUGGAAUGAAUAUUGUACUAAACAAAGUCAACCAACUUCUAAUGGAGAAAUACCUCAAACUCCAGGAUGUCUGCCGGACGCAGUUGGUGUGGUUCUUGCGGGAAGUGGUGAAGAGCGGCAUUUUGGGAGCUGAUGGAGUGUGCAUGACAUUUAUGAAGCAAAUUGCAGGGGGAGACAUCUCCGCCAAGAAUAUCUGGCUGGCUGAGAGUGUGCUUGAUAUACUGAUGGAGCAGAGAGAAUGGGUCAUGAAGAGCGCUAUCCUGAUUGCCAUGUCUGUCUACACCUAUCUGCGACUAAUUGUUGACCACCACGGGACCCCACAACUCCAGGCACUGAGGCAGAAAGAGGUGGACUUCUGCAUGAUGCUCCUAAGGGAUCGGUUCAUGGAUUGCUUCAUGAUAGGUCGGGACUUGGUCCGACUCCUGCAGAAUGUUGCUCGUAUCCCAGAAUUUGAUCUGUUGUGGAAGGACAUGCUGCACAAUCCCCAAGCCUUGAACCCACAAUUUACAGGAAUCCUGCAACUUUUACAAUCCCGCACGUCACGCAAGUUUCUGGCAUGUCGGCUAACUCCUGACAUGGAGACCAAGCUUCUCUUCAUGACAUCUCGCGUGCGGUUUGGGCAGCAGAAAAGAUAUCAAGACUGGUUUCAGCGCCAGUAUCUCUCUACGCCAGAUAGCCAAUCGCUGCGCUGUGACUUGAUUCGCUACAUCUGUGGUGUAGUGCAUCCCUCCAAUGAGGUGCUGAGCUCAGAUAUCCUUCCCCGCUGGGCGAUCAUUGGGUGGCUGCUGACUACCUGUACGUCAAAUGUCGCUGCUUCUAAUGCUAAGCUGGCUCUCUUUUAUGACUGGCUCUUCUUCAGCCCUGAAAAAGAUAGCAUCAUGAACAUUGAACCUGCCAUCCUAGUAAUGCACCACUCCAUGAAACCUCACCCAGCCAUAACCGCCACACUGUUGGAUUUCAUGUGCCGGAUUAUCUCCAACUUUUACCCAACGUUGGAAGGGAAUGUCAGACAGGGGGUUUUCAGCUCCCUUACCCAUAUUAUGGAGAAGAGGGUCUUGGCGCACCUGGCUCCCCUGUUUCACAAUCCCAAACUGGACAAGGAGUUGAGGUCGAUGCUUAGAGAGAAAUUUCCUGAGUUCUGCAGCCUCCCAUCUCCUGCCUCAGAAAUAAAAACCGAGGAACCAGUCUCUAUGGAAAUGGAAAACAACUUGGUGGACAAGGAUGACGCCUGCUAUGAUAAUUCAGAGGCUGCAUUCAGUGAUGAUGACGAGGAGAUAAACAACAAAGGUGCAGAAAAAGGGAAGAAAAGGGAAUUCCGGUUCCACCCAAUAAAGGAGCCAAUCAUGGAGGAGCCAGUUGACAUCACUCCAUAUUUGGACCAGCUGGACGAACCUCUUAAGGAUAAGGUCAUGUCUCUACAGAAAGAAAGUGAUAUGGAGGCGCAGUGUGAAGUCAUGCAGGACAUAGUUGAGCAAAUCCUUGAGGAUGAAUUUGACACUGAGCAGUUAUCAGUCCUCGCGUCUUGCCUUCAGGAGUUAUUUAAAGCACACUUCCGAGGAGAGGUCCUUCCUGAAGAGAUUACAGAAGAGUCCUUGGAAGAAUCGGUUGGCAAGCCCCUUUACUUGAUAUUUCGGAACUUGAUCCAAAUGCAGGAGGAUAAUAGUGGAUUCUCACUGCUCUUGGACCUGCUUUCUGAGCUCUAUCAAAAACAGCCCAAAAUUGGUUACCACCUACUGUAUUAUCUGAAAGCCAGUAAGGCAGCAUCUGGAAAGAUGAAUUUAUAUGAAUCCUUUGCUCAGGCCACUCAACUCGGGGACCUCCACACGUGUUUAAUGAUGGACAUGAAGGCCUGUCAGGAAGAUGACGUCCGGCUUCUGUGUUAUCUGACACCAUCUAUAUACAGUGAGUUCCCAGAUGAGACUCUCCGAAGUGGCGAGCUGCUCAAUAUGAUUGUUGCAGUUAUCGAUUCUGCACAGUUGCAGGAGUUAGUGUGCCACGUCAUGAUGGGUAACCUGGUGAUGUUCCGAAAAGACUCUGUGCUAAAUAUCCUGAUUCAAAGUUUGGAUUGGGAAACGUUUGAGCAAUACUGCACCUGGCAGCUCUUCCUUGCACAUAAUAUUCCUAUGGAGACAAUCAUUCCCAUCUUACAGCACCUCAAAUACAAAGAACACCCAGAGGCCCUCUCCUGCCUUCUUCUGCAGCUUCGUAGAGAAAAACCCAGCGAGGAGAUGGUGAAGAUGGUUCUCAGCCGUCCUUGCCAUCCGGAUGACCACUUUACUACCAGUAUCCUACGCCACUGGUGCCUGAAACACGAUGAUAACCUGGCUGAGAACAUCAAGUCUUUACUAAUCAAGAAUAACAGCCUACCGCGCAAACGCCAAAGCCUCAGGAGUUCCAGCAGUAAACUUGCACAGCUAACACUGGAGCAGAUUCUAGAACAUUUGGAUAAUCUCAGACUUAAUCUCUCCAACAUCAAGCAAAACUUUUUCAGCCAAACCCCCAUCUUACAGGCCCUUCAACAUGUCCAAGCGAGCUGUGACGAGGCUCAUAAAAUGAAGUUCAGUGAUCUCUUCUCCUUAGCGGAGGAGUAUGAAGAUUCAACAAAGCCCCCCAAGAGUCGACGGAAAGGUCCAAUGACAAGCCCUCGAAGUAGAAAGAAUGCAGCACAACCCAUGAACACAGAGGAAGAGUCUGGAUCAAGCAGUGCAUCGGAGGAGGAAGACACAAAGCCAAAACCUUGCAAAAGGAAACGUAAGGGAUCGGCAGCAGUGGGAUCUGAUAGCGAUUAAUUAGAUCUGCAAUGAACGCUGCAAGCACCGCAGAGCUGAAGGGUAGCUGAUCGGGUCACAGGGGCCCUUCUUGCUUCUGAUUUUUUUUUUUUAUCCAGGCCAAUGGACCAACCGUGAUGUGGAUUUAUGUUUUCAAAGGACCUUUAGACAAUAAAGUAGCACUCGACCACUCUUCCAGGAAUUCUGCAGUGGCAGAUUUUAUCUGAGUUAGAGCCACUCACAUUCUCUCCAACGGUCACACUUUUUUGGGGCUGGACCCAAGCCGAGCAGAGACAUAUUCAGCCCUUUCCUGCAUCAUCUGGGUGAAGAAUGGGACUUUUAUAUGAAAAGUCUCUUAUUUUCUUACUGAACUGUAAAUAAACUCCUCGUAAGCAGGAACCUCUGCAUACUACUGCUAAAAUUGACUUUUUUUUAAAAAACAGAAAAGAAAACUAAA